AUGCCACCACGCACUCGCUCAAAGCCCUUUGGGCCAGGCUCCCCAAACGCAGUUCAGGGGCUGCCUGACCCUGCUCCUCGUCGUCGCCGAGCGACACGCUCCGUGUCUGCUCAACCACAGGACGCCCAGCCUGCCCAGCCUGUCCGCGAACCCAAGACUCGCAAGACCCGUGGCAAGGCCUCCUCACGCGGUAGAAAGAAGGUGGCGCGACGCGCCUCUCCCUCCGAUUCCCAGCAGGACCAGCUUGAUGAUGCCGCUCUAAGCUCCGGUGCUGUGGCCCAGACACAGAACGAGACGGACCGUCAAAGUAACGAAACGCAGGAUGCCGGCCCUACGCCGCCAUCGUCCGAGGUUCCAGCCACCGUUCUCCCGUCAAUAGAGAACAGUGAGACUGAGGCGACUGCUCCCGCUACCGGAGUGUGUGAGUCGCCGCCCCCCCCCAAACCUUCCAUCUCGUCCCCUGGUCCCGUUCUAUCCCCUGGUCCCGUUCUAUCCCCUGGUCCCGUUCUAUCCCCUGGUCCCGUUCCGCCUCCUGGUCCCAGCUCUGGAUCGUCGCCGGCCGCGGCCAUGGAGACUGGUCGUUCCCGACGUAGCUGGUUAAUGACCAAGCUGCAGAAGGUAUACCGCCUCUUCACCAUUGGCCGUGGUGCACUCAAUGAUGUCGCAGCGCCUGGUCCUGAUUCCGCUGCUUCCGUGGCUGCUUAUUCUCCUCGACGGCCUCAACACACCCCUAUGUUGAAUUUCAACAUAGCCCCAGCACAUUCUGCGCUAGAGGAUUUAGAACUGAUCAACCUCCUUUGUGCAGCACGGUCCAUUGAAUGGGCGUCGAGACCUCGUUCUCGCCGGGCUUCUGAGACCGCGCGGCUGCCUUCUCCCUCGCAGUCGCGCGUACUCCGCGCUCAACGUGCCUCGCCAAUUCGUCGAACACGCACCCCUCAUUUGCGGAGAUUGAGUGCGCAGCGCAUGGAGGACAGAGACGGCUUUGGCCGCACCCUGUUCCGGCUACCCGCACUCUUGUCUUCCCGUCAUGAAGGUGAUGCAGACAGUAAGCCGGAUGACGAUGUGAACCCUGCCAAAGAGCGGGAUCAUGUGGACGCUCCCGCUUCAGUGACUGCAGCUAUUGAUUUUCCUCCUCCGACGACCCCAGAGCGAGGCACGCUGGCCUCCCUCGAGACGCCUCAGACCGCACCCGCUGCGGCAGUCAAUGGCUCGUCUGGGUGGAGCCGAUGGAUUUUCAACGGUGUGUCGCGAAGGUGGACGGUACUUCGAGGCCGUCUUCACCACGGUGAGAACGACGACGACUCUCAGGCCAUCUUCCAUGAUAAUGACGUGGUCGCCUCCGAAGAGUCUGCCAAUCCAUUUUCGGCUGGCUCUCAGGUAGCUACUAGCCGAUACGACGAGGCUAAAAGUCCGGAAACUACCACAGGUGUGGUGGAUACAAUGCCUGCUGUCUCCGCUUCAUUCCCUGCGCCCACGGUAUCAAUAGCAUCUAGAGCCGUUGAAAAAAUCUCCAACAUCCUGUCCCCGCGUCGUAUUCAGUCGCGUCCUUCCUCCCCCGGCUCAGACCUGCCUCGACGACGUCGUCGCGCCUCAUCUUUUAUUGAUGCCCGGACACUCCUCAAUCCUGACGCGCCAACAUCUGGCAAGGGCUAUGAGGACCAGCACACAUUCGUUAAACGUCGACAAGCGGCUCGUUUGGCCAUGGAGAAGGAACAGCGGGACGUUCGGAACCGUGAGAUCAAAAAAGCGCAGCUCGCUGAGGCUGCUGCCCGAGAGAUUGCCAGACAGAAGGCAAUGGUUGAGGCUGAAGUCGCAUCACGCCCUGCAAUUCCUUACCGCAGGCAUAUCGAGCGACCCAGUCAGAGCACAAAUGGCAAGACUUCGUCGGAACCGAAUCCGCGCAAGCGCAACCGUGGAUUUGGACUAGAUGAAGAUGAUUUGGCCGUUCACGAGGAGGACUUUACCCCUGAAGAAUGGAACAGAGUCAAGCGCCAAGUGGAGGAAGCAGAGCAAGAGGCGGCCAAGGCUGCCCAUGGAAUCUCACCUCCCACUAAAAAGCGUCGCGUUGAUUCAACUUCCCAGCAGCAAAAGCGAACCCAGCAAUCCGAUUACCGUUCCGCACCAGGGCCAUCUCGUCAGGCCCAGCCUCCAAUCCGAACUCCGGGCUUCGUUCCUAAUAGACGAGGAACAUACGCGCCUCCCGAUCUUUCGCCCAUCGAUUCAAGUCAACUGAUGUGUGAAUCCGAUUUCUCUCCCGCACCCCAAGAGCUUCAAUCAACUUCCGACACCUCAGCAAACACCGCGGUUCAAACUUUCGAUGCUUCCAACGUGUCAACAAGUACAGAUCGAGCUCCUUCAAGCUCUCAAAAAGGUAUGAUGAUCAAUGGUGUAUUCGUUCCAGAACGUCUUCUUCCCUACUGCAACUUGGAUGCCGCUGGACCGUGGCGGCGAAUCCGCCCAAGCCCCCAGAUAAGACAGGUGGAGCGCAGCCGGCGCCCUUCUUACUUUACGUUUCUCACUUCAUUUGGUGAAGCCCUGGGACGACUUCGCCGUCAGCUGGCUGGGACAGUGAAUGCGACAAUGCAAGAGGCCCACCAACGAGCUGAGAUGCAACAACGCCUUGAGGCUGCAUGCAAUAGGAGAAUUAAUGAGCAAUGGCUUGCGCGCCAGGAUAUUGCGAGCUCCUCAGGUUCUGUUGUCAAAUUCAAAAUCCCUGAAUUCUCCUUUUUCCCGGACCCCUCCCCCAAGCUUCAAGCAUUCAACGCAGCUGCAACUUCGUCUUCGAAUGCGCGCAUCCCACUUCGAUCAUGUCUCAAGCGUAAACGCGAGACCCUGAAAAUUCCCCAUGAUAGCCUGGAGUCCUCCCCAGACCUGCCCACUCCACAUAUGACAAAGCGUCGGCGGGGGUUUUAUGCCCCGGAUCCGUACGCCUCAUCUUCCAGUCCCUCGGUGUCCUCGUCCCGGUCAAAGAAGACGAAGCAGGCCAAGGGAGUGAAAGCCCCAGAUCCGUGUGUCGCGUCUCCAAGCUCUCCAUUGGCACAAAACACACACGCGGAAUCUCCGUCCACUGGUCUCGAAUGUUCCCCCUUCAGUCCCACUUCACUCUCUAUUUCCCUGUCCCAUGGGCCACUUAAUGGGAAAUCGGCGCCUCCUUCUCCGUCUCAUAAGACCAAACAGAGACGGAGGCCCCAAGUCCCGGCCUUGAAUAGCUCGUCUUCAGGUUCCCCCUUGGCACGCAAGACACGCGCCUUAUCCCAGUUUAUUGGUCCCAGACGUUUCCCCUCCAGCCCUUCUCCCCAUUUUCUCUCCCUGGAUAGCGAUCGAACCGUUGAAGAAUCACUGCCCUCAUCUCCCCCAGUUCCGGCGUCGCACCUUGCGUCUUCGAGAGGCGGCCCAUCUCAAGGAAUACCGACUGACCGAUCUCAUCCUAAUCUAGCCCCCGAUAACGAUACCGACCCCGGCGUUGACGUUGGUGACGGUAAGAAGUACUCUCCUCUGACUCGUGCUCGAAACAAGGCCGAGCAGUUCAAACCGAAGACUCCUAGUCGCCUUCGGGAAUCUGCUCGCUUCCCAGGCAGCAACAACUCAACACCAUCUUUGUUUGGCGCGUCGACACCAUCAUUCAAUGGCGUAUCUCUUAACGGUACUCCUGAUCAGAGUGACAUCAAGUCAUUGAAUAGCUCAUCAUUCUUGGCAAACACCGAGCGGACGCCAGAGGUUGCUAGCACCACGACCCUUGACUCGAAUGCUCGGGCUUCAUCGUCGGCUGGUGUUUUUCAAGACACGAGACCGGCUGCUGAGCCAAUAGAGGCAGCAGAACUUGGGAUGCCCAGUAUUUUCGAGGAUGUGGCCUGGCUUGCGGGAGUACUGCCCGACGGAGACUUCCAUGGCCUGCCGUGGCCAGAACCACAAAGCCUCACGAAACAGUUGGUCAUCGACCAGAAUGAGGUGGUAGAUGCUGGGGAAUGGCAGAGGAAAGGAGCCGACGUCCUUAGUCAUUUUGAAAAUUUGUUUGGGCAGUUCUGCCCUCGCACUUCUGACUGA